AGUUUAGGCUAAACCAAACUCACCAGAUUGAUAAGGAAGGAGAUUCAUGGUCUGUGUUGAAGACAUUUCAAAAACAGGUGACGUUCCAACUCCACUUUAAAACUCUUUCAGGUGGUACAUUUAUACAAACAACUUUAAGAUGUAAACUAACAAUUUCGUUACCGGUAUGUAUAGGCGGCAAGGGUUACAUGAAUUGACCUCUGUUCUCGUUAUCAACUAAUUAAACGGAAUCCUCUCGAAAUCGUCCCAUAAGAUUAACGAAGUGGCGUUGUCGGAUAGGCCUUAUCCUAGAUCUCAUUGGCCACCCAUUUGACCGACGACUGAGAUAAAUCAUUGAUACAAUAUUAGCGAAAGUUUAUAAACAUUGAUUUUUGUCGGUGCUACCGGUAUAAAUUUGAAAUUAACCUGUAGAAAUAUCAGUUCGAUGAUUUCUGGGCAUGCUUCAUGACGUUAUCUUAGUUGGAGGGCAUGCAAACAUUCAACUAACCCAAAGGAUAUGCACUGAGGAAUAUGUGGAAGAAAGGUCUGCUGUCAAAUCUUUUUUGAUGUGGUCAACAUAGAGUAAUCGAUUUCUAUCGAAAGACCAACGAGAUUGCUUGACUUGGUGGAAAGGGAACGGUCCAAGUGAACUGAACUAUAUCAACACUCUCACCGAGGGGACGAAGACAAGCAUUUGUGGGUAGAAGAUUCGGACGUUCUCACCACUGUCAAAAGCCCUCCUUAUCCUGUAAUAUUCUAAAUAUUAGCUUACACUGAGUAACUUUUAAGAAUUUAGCUUACAUGCAUUAAAAACGAACAGGAAAACUAGGUAAAAAAAAGUUAACCUGAUCAUGAACUGACCCCUACUGACUGAUGGAGGAAUAAACAGGCUUUUAAAAGAGGAUCGAAGUGACUUAAGAUAUCCGCCACUGGAAGCUUAAAUUAUAGAUACCGAGUUUGCCGAAAUGUCAAAUCUUCAUGCGCCACCUGAGUUACUCGAUAGCUUCACCAAUUCUUUAAGGAAAGAAGGAUAUUUUGAGGAUGAUGCCCUGGUCGUGGAUAAGUCCAGCCAAAGAGUAGACUGGAAAGUUCCGAAUGUUCAUAAUCGGAGAUGGAAUGAAUCUGCUAACAGACUGAUAUGCUGCUUGAAGAAGUUAUUUGAUCUCGAGUUCUGCAAACCUUGGCGGUUCGUGCAAUCACAGUGGCCCUGUUCUCCACUACUGUACCUCCUCUACAACAUCUUCUGGAUGCUCUACAUUCCAUCAUGGGCCGUCCUAGAAGGAGUCAUAAACUUCCAUUUGAAAUUCAAAGCGGAUCUUUGGAGACAGGCAACUUUUUUCAUCUACCUGACCAACUGGACUUACGUGUUACUGUCAUUGCUGGCCCUCCUGAGAGGCUUUACGGCGUGUAGAUACUACAAUAUGCUGAGAAAGCAAGGUUACAAAGAUGAAGCAGUGUUUCCUGAGAGAAAGAUGCCUACAAUUUUCAAGAUCAUCUGGGUGUUGCACAACGUGGCCUCUCCAGCGCAAGUGAUGGUCGGCGCCGCUUAUUAUCUCCAUGCUGCUAUUUUAGGCGCAAUGGACCGAACAACGCCACUCUCAGACCCCAUGAACAUCAGUAUCCAUGGCAUAGGGACCGUAUAUGUUCUUCUGGACUUAUUCAUAUCAGCAAUACCACUAAGACCUGGUCAUGUCAUACAUGUCAUGUUUUACGGACUACUUUAUGCAGCUUUUACUGGGAUUUAUUUCGCCUGCGGAGGAAAAAACAAAUCCGGUCAUCCGUGGAUAUAUCGUCUGCUUGAUUGGAGUCAUCCACGAACGACUCUGAUGGUUGCAGGGGCAGUAGGGGUUCUAACACCGGUAGUUUGGUUCGCCUUAUACGGGUUUUACCGCUUAAAGACAUAUGUGGCCAGUAAGUGUGCAUCUUGCAGAGACAAAUCGUAUUCUUUGGGACCAGAAAUGGUAAAGCAGGCUGACGAAAAGUCAUCAGUUGCAUCAUUUGAUGAAGCGAAGUCAUGUGCUAGUGAUCUUUUAAAGGAGGGAGGCAUGUCUUGAAAUUAAAGGCAUGCAUGACAUUCGGGUGCAACGUUACGUCACUCCAGAGAUGUCAAUUUGUCGAACUAGACACCCAGGACAUGAUGGAAAACCGUCCGGCGAAUUUACCACAAAUGUGUUUAUAGGCUACAGUCAGGAAAUGUACAGAAAGAUAAAUAUCUCGUAUAUCUUUUAGAAGUGUGGUGUUUGCUUUUUGACGUUUUCAAAUCAUUCAAUACCUUCCUACACGUAUGUACACUUCAUUAGGAGUUUUCGAAAACCCCGAAACUCCAACGCGAACGCCUAUCACAUUGUUCGGCGUCGUGUUCAGGAAGUUGAACAAUUGGAUAUGCGUUGAGGUCGGCGUAUGGGGGGUUUUGCGAAAACUAUACAUGUAUUUCAUUUGACGCGUUGGCGUCACCAGAAGAGCAGCGAAGUGACGCUUGAGCUCCAAUCUGCAAACAUCUUAGAAACAUCAGAUGAAACAACAAGUCAACGUGAUGUUAUAAGCUAACAUGCUUUCUAAAAACCGGGCCCUGCUGUAGUAAAAGACAAGGGACCAAUGCAAUUCAUAUCAAAAUAUGUUUUAUUAAUGGUAAACUACGAGUUACAAAAAUAAAUCCAUGAUCUCAAACUUGUUGCCACCUACGUUCGCAAUUCGUGCCAGUCUGAGUAACAGUCAAACUUCACGCUGCAGUAUGACCCUGGUAUAUGAAGCCCUCGUUACUGAUGGGCAAACGCAAACAUGUCUCCCAAAAGGGACAUCGAGCCGGCCUAUACCCUAACAUUUGAGCUUUUUGGCCUAGUCUUAACACUGGCAAGAAGAUUGAGAUUUGACAGCACGAAUAUUGCUCUAAGAGACAAAAGACCGCCCUAAACAGACAGGAGAUUCCGUUAACAUAUCAGAUAAAAUAUUUCGUUAUCAACAGACGAGAGAUUACUUUAAUAGACAAGGGAGACUGCCCUACAUGUGUAUGACAACAGAAAAAGAGAUUCUUUUAACAGAUCAGAUAAAAUGUUUCUUCAACAGAUGCGAGAUUGCCUUAGCGGGCAAGAUAUUUCUUCAAACAGACAAGAAAAGAAAUUGCUUUAUGUUAUAAGAGAUUGCUUUAGGAGACAUAAGAGAUUGUUUCAAAGGGAGUUUAUAGGCAAGAGCCACGUAGGUCAAAUUAUGUUACACGAAGUCGG